AUGACGCUAUUCAUGACAUUCAAGGAUUGGAAUGAACGCUCGUACCUUAGCAGCCUGGAUAUAGCUCGCAAUCAACAAGAACAGACUCAAAUGCUCCAAGUUGAAGACAGCUUGAUAGUCUGCCGCGAUCAUUUCGGAAUCCGAGGGCUGUAUGGCAGCAGCCAAGAGGUCCGGGACCGGGGCCCUGGUCUCUUCUUUCACACCAUUCCUCUGCGGGCCCAGGGCAGAAAAUCGGCAAAGCCCCGGGGAUUUUUCGAUGGGAGAUUUCUUCGCACAUUGAACGCAGAAAGAGCUGCUUUCCGCCCAGUCAUCGAGUGGAACAUGGCAAGCUUGCCCAGCAACAUGGCAUUCAGGGUUUCAUCAACAGCCCUAUUGCCAGACCUAGGUUCCCUUUGUCGAUACAUAUGUCAUGAAUUCAAGGACAUUUCGGGCAUCUCUGCAGCGGUGCAGGGUUGCAGGACUGUCGGCCUUUUCUGUCAUACCAAGGGUGAUAGUCGGGGCCUAUUCGGAUCCUUUGUCAAGCAGAUGCAAGCAUUGUUUGUCAGCUCCAUGCUUGUAUUCCCAUAUUUCUCUAUCAAUGACCAAGAGCAACUCCACACGAUUGGGGUCCGCUGGGUCAAGGACUCUCGGUUCCCCGUCAGCGAUCCGGUCAUUCAGGUCGCCACGAACCAGGGCCGAGCAUAUACCUUCGGGCCGCAACCACAAGAUGAACAAUUGUUUGAAUACCAGGCACUGCGGCCAGUUGGCGAAGGAUCUAUCGUGGGCUUGUUUUACCGAUCUGCAGACGAAGUUGCGAGAGCCAUUUCCAAUAUUGGCAUCUUCGCUUCUACCAGCUGCGAUCGACUCGACGGCCUCAACCUCAACGUUUCCCCGAAUAGGAGCAUUCGCUGUCCGCGCCGUGGCAGUUCGAUUCAAGACUGGUUUUUCAGCAAGGCUCGUAUCGAACCAGAUACGAUUCUCCAAGUGUGCAUGGCUGACUCGACAUGCUUGGGCGCCAUCCUCACGUACCCCGACAAUCGUAGGGAGUGCUUGGGCGAAUUUCGCUUCGACAAAUCUCUUUCGGACCAGGUGGAGCUCCAAAAUUGCUCCUUCACCAAUAUGGUCACCGAUAGGAGGCUUUAUGUGCUUAUUCGAAGAUUGCCCAAGGAUUCCGUGGUCGAUACCAGCACGGAUUGGAACAGUUUCCCUACCACAGGGACCCUGGUGUUGUGGUAUGGCCCUCAUGGCCAUUGGCUGCAGGUACUUGAUGAGCUACAAUAG